AUGUUUUCCAAAAACAACCGGCUCUAUAACAUCAACUACAACGGUCAUCAUUCCUACAACUUCUACAACUGCAUCCAUCACUUUUUCAACUUCAACGAUAACGACAAUAUCUUCAACCAAUACGGAAACUACUACAACAACGGCACCUACAACGACAACUACAACAACAGCACCUACAACGACAACUACUACAACUCCAACUACUACAACAACCCCAACUACAACGACAACCACUACAACUCCAACUACAACGACAACUACUACAACUCCAACUACAACGACAACUACUACUACUCCAACUACAACGACAACCACUACAACUCCAACUACAACGACAACUACAACAACCCCACCUACAACAACAACUACUACUACUCCAACUACAACGACAACUACUCCCACUAG